CUGCCUAUGAAAAUGGCCGCGUCCCGGAGUGCAGCGAGGAACGGGUGCCCUCGGAGGAGGUGAUCGCGGCGUGGGAGGAUUAUUUGACCCGGGUGGGGCUGAAGCGCUGGACCCUGGACGGCAUCAUGACGACACAGCAGGUGAACGCCACCGAGCUGCUGAGCCUGCUCGAGUCCUCGGAGCUGCAGGUAGCGGAGGACGUGCGCAGCCUGCUCGUCGAAAACCUCAACGUCGAGCGUGGUCCGUGGCUGAUGAACAGCCUGGUGGAUUACUACAUGAGCCACAAUUCGGACCAGGCCCUGCAGAUCCUCUGUUCUGUCCGCGAGCCGCAUGACAAGCAUCUCCUGGACAAGCUGAACGAGUGCAUGGCCCGGGCAGCCACUCGGCUUCCCAGCCUCAACUUGCUGGGUCAUGUCGUGCGGAGGCAGCCGUCCUGGAUCCACAAGAUCUACAGGGCUCCCGUGUUUGCGUCGCUGCUCAAGUGCCUAAAGACGGAUUCCAACGAGGUGGUGCUGACCACGGGGGUGCUGGUGCUCGCCACGCUCCUUCCCAUGAUCCCGCAGGCCGUCAAGCAGCACGUGCACGAGAUCUUCGACAUCUUCAGCCGCCUCGCCUCGUGGGGGCUCAAAAAUGCCGGCCACGUCCCGGAGGUGUGCGUGGUGCACCUGCAUGCCGGCGUGUACGCCCUGUUCCACCGCCUCUACGGCAUGUACCCAUGCAACUUCCUGUCGUACCUGCGUGCGCACUACAGCAUGCGGGAGAACAGCACCCUCUUCACGGAGGUCAUCCUGCCCAUGGUGGAACGCGUGCGGGUACAUCCAGAACUUGUCACGGGGACCAAGGAGUACGAGAUGGAUACCAGCAAGUGGAAGAAGUAUGAGACUCAGGACGUGGUCAUCGAGUGCGCCAAAGUGUCGCUCGAUUCAAAGGAGGCAUCGAGUGAGGAGGGUUUCUGCCCCGUCCCUGAUCAGCUGCCUCUGCACUGCCUGUCCCAGGCGACACCCGACGUCUCUUUCCAGUCGGGAGCGUCUCUCUCUGGCUCCAUUUCCACGACACCUACAUCGUCGCGGAUGUCUCAUUCCUCCACGCCCAUGAGGGUGCGCCGCCUCUCGAUGGAAGAAGGCGAUAUCAAGGGCCACCAGAAGGGGAUCCUGCGCUCCACGGCGGAGUGCAGCGAGGUGGGUUGGAGCCCCGCCAACGUGUGCGGGAUGAGCACGCCGCCGUCGUCGCGCGGCAUGUCGCCCGUGCACAACCAGAGCGACGUCGCCCACGGCAGCUCGUCGCAGCACGCCAUUUCGGGGACCCCCUUAGCGACCCCAACCACGUCCCCUGGACCGACCCCCUCGGACGAGUACGUUCACAUCUCUCUCGACAGCACCGGCUCCUGCGCGGAGGCUCGACAAGAAAAGCCCAGGCCUGGCGUCGGCGACACAGGCAGUGCAGGCAAGGUUACUGCCCCCUCCAUUGACAGAUCUCUGAACAACUCUGCGGCUGAGCGCCACGCUGCCAAGAGCAGUGCCGUUGAAGUGGGAAAGCAAGCGGAGAGCGAAGGAGGAGGAGGAGGGGAGAGUGCCGUGGGCAGCCCGGGCAAGGUGUCCCUGAAAGAGCUGCAGAUGGUCAUCGAGAACCUGGCCUCCUGCGCUCCUGCGGAGAAGGACGGCGAAGAUGUGGCGGUGAACGACGAGGUGUCGGAGAUCAACGAGAUGUGUCCAGCGCCGGCCGACCAUCGGGGCGGCUUCGACUCGCCCUUCUUCAGCGCCGAUGCGGCGCCGCCCGGCACGCAAGCCGCGCCGGGCACGCAAGCCGUGCCGGGCACUCACGGCGGGGAGGCGGCCGUGACGCAGGCGGUGCACCAGACCGUGGCCGCCUCGUCCGCCAACAACAGCUCGAAGUCACAGGGCCUCUCGGAGACGUCUCGUAGCACGAGUAACAAGACACAGGACAGGUCAACCACCUCCUCCUCUUUUGCGCUCACCCCAGCCUCGGCCUGUGGCCGAGCGGCGGCCGUGUCGGCAACAUGCUACCCGUACGAGCACCUGUUCGCGCUCGCCUUCCCGCGGGCGGCGGUGGGUGCCUUUGUCGACCGCAAGUCGGCCGAGUUGCGCGGCUUGGACGGCUCCCACCACAGCGGCUCCCCCUGCGGAGUGGCGCCGUCGCCACUCGACGUCAUCGAUGUGCUCAUGCAGAGGGGUGGCGACGUUCACGCCAAGGAGCUCAGCCGGCUGUCUCUCCCCAGCCAAGCGGCAGACUGGACACACUUUGGAGGCUCCGUUCCCCCAGAGGAGAUGCACCUUCUGCACAGCCGCCUGCACCUGCUGCAUGCGCAGCUGCUCUACGAACGGCACAAGCGUGAGCAGCACGCCCUGCGCAACCGUCGCCUGCUUCGCAAGGUCAUCACCGCCACCGCGCUGCAGGAGCAGAACGCCGCCAUGAGGGACCAGCUGCGCCUACAGGACGAGGAGAUCUUGGUGCUGCGUCGCAGCCUGACAGAAGAGCAGCAGCGGAGCCAGCAGCAACGCAUGGAGAAGGAGCAGAACAUGGGUUUCUAUCAGGUGCAGCUGCGCUCCCUGCAGUCUGACCGUGACAGUCUGUCUGCCAGCAACCGUGAACUGCAGUGCAAGUUGGACGAGACUUACAGGGAUGUGGUUCGACUCAAAGUGGAACUGCAAAAAGCCAACUGCAAGGUGUACGACACGUUCCAUGAGCUCCAGCGUCUGCAGGAGAAGCUGCAGUCCAGCGAGACUCUGAGCCAGCAAGCGGACAUGCUCAACCGGCAGCUGCUUGUGCUCGGCGAGCUCAACGAACUGUACCGCGAGGAGCUGCACAACAUCAACCACUACGCGGACAAGGAGGGGGAGAUGUGCUUGCUGUCGCACCGCCGCGAGCUGGAGAAGGCGCGCCAGUGCAUGCGGCAGCAGGCGCAGCGUGUGGACGCGGCGAGUCGGCGCAUCAAUGACCUGGAGAACAGCAUCAUGGCUAAGGACAUCCUCCUCCUGGAGCAGAAACGCUUCCUUGAGAACGUCAAAAACCAGGGCAGGAGCCAGCAGCAGGCGAUGGAGAGCAAGUACAAGGCGCAGAAGAGGAUCAACCAGGCGCUGGAGAGCCACAUGCUGGAGCUCUACAGCUGCCUGGAGGUGCUGGAAUCGCCCGCUGGUUUCAAAGACCGCCCGAAGGAGAGGGCGCUCGCAGGCAACGCAGCAGACGCCGACUCGGCGACCCCGCUGCCCGACGCCGCUGGACCUGAACGACCGGCCAGCCUGCUGCCCGGUGCACCCAUCGACGCCCGUGUGCCCCUCGUUAGUGCAGAUCCGCCGUCCGCUGGCCUGAUGGGGGUAGCCGCGAGCAACCCAUACCCUGCGUCCCGCAGCUUCCUGGGACAACACACGCGGGAGCUGCUACGCAGUCGAGGAGGCGGCGUCGGCGGCGAUGACAACCGGGAGGACGACGCGAGCGCGGACGCUUCGUCGGCGGCCGGCGCGCCUCGUGAGCCGCCCAGUUCCAUGGCGGCGCCAGCGUCCGCAUCGCACGCUCGCGGGACCACCAGGAACCUUGGUGGGGGUGGGCAGCACCAGCAGCACGCCCUGAAUGUCAGGAUUCUUCAGCAGCGGGGAAUCAUGGACUACGACGAGAAAUAGCGAGCGGCGCCCCAUCAGACAUUCCCUGACUUGUCCCCCUCGUGGCAAAUUGAUGGAAUACUUCGGUGGGUUUUUUUUACUGGUGCGUGCUGCUCGUUAGAAAGCGGCAUUUUGGAAUACUGGUACGAACAAAAAAGGUGCUCUGCGCACUCUGUAACUGAUGACGAAACAACAACAAAAAACUCGGUAAAAUAUGCUUUGUAUUUUGAAAUAAUAUCCCAAUCUUGUCCCUUCUUUGAGGGCAAAUGAAGGUGGUGCCCCCCCUCCCCCCUCGAUUUUGUUGACGUUGCCAACCGAGCUUCUCAUUUUAACCCGGCUUGUGCAUUUAAAGAGAGGCAUUCUGACUAAAUGUAGCUCCCGAGGUACUGCCACCACAGCUCGGAAACCGUGCAGGAUCUCGCAGUGCGCUCACACGCGCGCACUCGCAUAGUCCUGACUCGACGUAGCCUUUACGGUAGUCGCGCCCAACUUUGCAUGCACUCGCCGAUUCGUGUGUAACCUGGUGUAGAAAUAAUUGCCAAAAAAACCCCAAGAAAAAGCAAAAAAAAUACAAAACUGAAAAAAGUAAAAAAAAAAAUAUGCUGCUGAUAUAAGGAGGAAAGUGCCAAAAUUGUGUUGGAAAGGUUACGUUACACGUGAAGGUGUAAUGACCUGGUGCAUUGUUCUGUUUGUGUGUGAUUUUCAGUUUUUUUGUCAUGAUGUUUUUUGUUUAAUAACAUGACUGAACUCUGUCUGGAGAUAUUUAUUGCACAUGCGAAUUACGAUAGCCCUGGAGGUUAAUGGAACAGACUGCAGUUUGUCGUUGACCUUGUGUUCUCAACACUAAGGCUCGCCUUGGGUGCGCAUUGUGUACAAGAGAUGCAGCUUUCUACAAAUGUUGGUCACUUUUCUCCUUAUGAUGAUGGGGGGGGGGCGGGGGGUUUGUUCACUUUGGGCUGGCGGUAUUUAAGAUGUGCGCUUAAUGGGUUUUUUCAUUUUUGCGGGGGAGGUGGGGGGGGUUAUCUCUAAAGCGCUCGCCGUUUUUUUUGCAGUGUCGUUAAUAUUUUGCUGUUCUGCCGUAACGCGGGAGUGGUUGCCGAAGCAGCCGUUUGCCUGAUGUUGCUUUUUCCUCCUUGCGCAUCACAUGGCAACCAAACUCUUGCAAGCAAAAAAAAAGCUAAAGGAAAAAAAAUGCCUCUCCACGUACUUUUAGUCGAUGACUGAGCCGAAAAGAUUUUGCACUUUAAACAUAUUUUUUUUCUCUCGUAGCGUCACAGGCUUAUGUCCAACACGACAGUUCUCAAGUACUUCCAUUCGUACGAGCCCUCUACUGACUUUGGAGUGGCGUCCAGUUGUUUCGACGACAGUAUCACGAGAACGUGAAGCGUGCGUGGCUACAGCGCGGAAAAUUAGUGUAGCGGGCGUACUCACUCGGCCUUACGUGUCCUCUUCGACGAUAUGCAAGAGCCAGGUCUGAGGGUGUGUGCAAGGUAUUGUCGCUGUACUACCGACCAGUAACCCGGGGCCUGGAAGUGGUUAGUGCCUUGUUUUAGUAUAGCUCUUUGCGUGACCGUUUUUAUGCCGUGACCGUGCACCAGUUGCUGGUGCCUCCGGCAGGACGGUCCGUCGCUCGUGGCCCGCGGCGAUGUCUGCGUGUGCGUGGAGGAGCGCGAAGGAGAGCAAAUGCUGCUGCUGCCGUGCUUAGUUCGGCACGAUCUGCCUCGGCACAGCAAUUUCCACCGCUCGUGCGUGACGUGGUGUACGUUUAUUCAAGAACCGUGAUGAAGUGAACGCCUCUCGUAUAGACGAAAAACAGUGAGAAUGUGAAAAGGUGGCCAGGUGGAAUCGAGGUCGCUUGAUUUAACUCUUGCGACGAACUUCAAUUUCGGUGACAUAGCAAGUGCAUGGUCCGGAGGUCACUUCUUGGAAGAGAUCUCAAGUAGUUAUGUGAUAUCCGCUUUUACGAACUGUUCUUUAUUCUUAUUCACUCUUACAGAUGAAUGGGCCUCUGUCUCAUAACAUACCGAUAGCGCAGUUGUGAUCAAAAUUGGAGCAGGGUAGAAAAAUAUUAACGUGAAAGUCUUGUUUUUCGAUGGUGGGGUGGUGAAAACAUACUGGGUGAAGUAUUUUAACCAAGCUCUAACCCGAACCAUAGCCCGACCUCUGCCACUUUUACCGGGACCCCGUAUUCACCUUUGAAUUAGCUUUUUUUGCUUUGGUGUUUCAAGUGUCCAGGGAAAAUUGUUGUUCUGAGACAUUUUGUGUUGAUAAAGCAUAUCCAGGACCACUGCCUGACUCGGCUGUACGCGCAGACUUGGGAGCCAUAGCAAGCAACGAAGUAGAGCAGCAGAGCUGGUGUGGAACAAUUGCAUAACGGGAGGUUCACAUUGCAAUAGUACAGGUCUCUUAUUAAGUGUCGCUUAAUGUCUGCUCUUGCGUUUUGGCAGUUGAGCGUGUCCAGGGAUUGAAAAAUAACGGAUGUGGUUUGCUACCGGACCUUGUGCAUGUGGACAGUUUGCGUUUUUGUGUUAAAUUCUUUGUUCCAUUUUUGCACGCCCAAUCCUUGUUGGUUUUUCAAAAACCUGAUAUGGCGGUGAUCCGUCUCCCCCCCCCCCCCCCCACACAGUAUGAAAGGAAGCAUUUCAAUAAACGAAAUACACGCCGUGCACUUUUACGUGUUUAUACGACUGAUCUGCUUGGAGAUGCUGAAAUAAAGAUUGAAUUGUCA